AUGCUCCCCCAACUCCUCCUCGCAACCCUCCUCACCCUAUCAACAACAGCCCUCCCCCUCCACAACAACAACAACCAACCAACCCAACCACCCCACCCCCGCUCCGUCCUCUCCAUCAACGCCCCCCGCCUCCCCGUAGCAGGAACCCUAGUCACAGACGUCAUGCAAACCAUCCCUCUAGACAUCUCCGUCAAAUCUCCGAUUCUCCGCCGUAGUGCUUCGGAAAACGCAAUGAAUGCCGUUGUCAAGAAAAUUCCUGUUGCGGGACAGACUGUGCAGGGAUUGAUUGAGGGGUUGCCUGUUAAUGCUGUUGUUAAGGAGGUUCCUGGGGUUUUGGRGGGUGCGUUGAAGGAGAGGGAUGUGGAGGGGACUUUGUUGGAUGUUAAUGUUGAUUUGGAGAGGAUUUUGGGGGAGAGGGAUGUGGGAAGUCUGUUGGAUGUUGAUGUUGAUUUGAAGAGGCUUCUAGGGGAGAGGGAGGAGGAUGUUGUGUUGGAUCUUGGAGAUGUGGGAAUUAUUGUUUGA